UUCUUCUCUCCUUUGUUCCUCUUUAAUUCUCUUAGGUCUUAACUGUUGAAGAUAAUAGAGAGAAGAAGAGGAAGAAGGAGGAAGAGUAAUUUUGACCCAAAAAAAGGAAGAAGAGUAAUCAAGAUUUCGAGAGACAUAUUCAAGUUUCUUCUCAUUUUUAAAUAUGGUAUUAUUUUCUUCACGGUAUGCAAUGAAGCGAGAUGUUGUCAUCAUUGUGAUUAUCUUUACAAUCUUGGUUUUAAUCAUUUUGUCGCGUUCAAGUUCGAUUCAAGCUGGAAAAUUCAUCACUUCAGCAAGAAAGCAGAAUUUAAGCGUUGUCCGAGUCAAGAAUCAUCAUGAGUUUGUGAUCACGGAGAUGUCAACGUUUAAUAAAUUCAGAGGAAGAUCAUCUAAAGUUCGGAGAAAGAUAGACGGCAACGAAGAAGAAGAAGAAGAGAAGCGGAUCAUCCCGGCAGGUCCAAACCCCCUGCACAACAGGUAGGUUAAUCAGUUAAUGAGAGAUGCAAAACAUACUUCGACUUCAUAAUUAGUCCAUUAAAUAUUUAUAUAUAUUAGUUUUGAUUUUGAGCUUAAUAUUUGUUUUCAAGUAACAUAUUUUCUGCUAGAGUUUCAUUCCUCUCGCUGGAUUGAUAUUGUAUCGAGAAACUUUUUAGGUUGGGCUGGAAAAACUAAUAUAUGUG